UAAUCAUUAUUCUAAAUUAUUAAUUAACUAUAUUACGUCGAUAACCUUAAAGUCAAUUAAUUGAUAUAAUAUAAUCUAUCAUUGAACUUCAACCUACGCACAAGCAACAACAACAACAACCAAAAAAAAACAUUCUAAUUUUAGUGAAAAGAAACAAAAAAAAAAAAACAAACUCGUCGUAGUCAAUAAAUUUAAUUACUUAUUGGAUUUUCUUAAUCAUCCACACCAAUUAGCCAUGAUUAGCCAUCUAAUCUUUUCAAUAACAAAACUAUUUUAUCAAUAAAAAUACCAUAUUUAUUUUAACUUUCAAACUAAAGCAAUAUAUAAAAUUUAACUACUUAAAAAAAUGGAUAUAAACGCCAAUGAAGAUCCAAAUGAAAUCGAUUACGCCAAAGUGCCAUUGGAUGCAAUGCGUCAAUCAUCAUGCACAAUAUUGUCUAGGUCACUCAAUCCAACCAAGGUGCUUUUGUCAGAGGAAGGCAUUUAUCGCGAUUGGCGGGGAAUUGCUUAUUUAGCUGGCUUAUGUAGUUUAUAUGGUCCAUUUAUGUCGGCCGAAAAAGAUCCCAUGGCCAAGGUACUUUCACUUUGGCGUCGCGAAGGUGACAAUCAAACUGCUAAUUUUGAUAAUCUUUUGAAAUUCUUGGGCAAAAUUGAUCGUUGGGAUGUUGCCGAUGAUUUAACUGAAAGUUUAGCUGAAGAUGCCAAAGCUUUCAAAUCAAAAAAAUAUCAAGAGCAAUUAAUCAUUGCCCGCCAAGAAGCGUCAGCCGCCUGUGAUGACUUUAGCAAGGAUAUGUGUGGUAAUUUCACUCCCGACCAAGACAUUCUCACCAAUGACGAUGUACAGAAUGCAAUGCAAGGUCUUCCACCUCAGAUGUAUGACGCAUUUGUUCUGUUCGCAGACGAAGAUUAUAAUUUUGCAAUGGAACUCAUUACCCGCCUGGAGGAGAAGCAUCCCAAGUUUGAUUUUAAGAUCUGUGUGAAGGACCGUGACCUUGUCGGGGGCAUCUCAAUUGAACACGAAGCAAUAAUGCGUAUAAUUAAAGAACGUUGCCAUCGGCUUAUUGUGAUAGUUUCUGCUGCCUUUCUUAAAAGUGCAGCCAAUACAUUCUUUACGAAUUUUGCUGCUGCUCUUCAAAUAGAACAAAGGCGUCGUAAAAUCGUUCCAUGUCUUUAUGAACCUUGUGAGCUGCCUACAACUCUGAGUUUCUACUUUAACUUAAAGUAUUACAAUACUGGAAGGUACUUUAAUUUCUGGGACAAACUAAGUGAUUCCAUACGAAUUACUCCUUUCUACGGAAAUAUGAAUGGAGUUCGCAUAAAUCCUAUGCCAAACAUUCAAAUUGAAGAAGUCAAAGAAGAACAAACACAAAAAGCCAUAACUUCCAGUGUGCCUGUGAAGGUGCCACGAAGAAAGAACUCCAAAGUACCUGAGCCAUUAAAAAUUGCACCGGAACCACGACUUCGCGGGGCAUUAUCAAUGAAUCAAUUGAAUUCCCUUGCAAUUAACGAUAACAACAACGACAACUAUCGCAGUGAAUGUGAUUUAUCAUCGGUGCAUAGUUUUGAUACUUCCAAUUUACCAGAAUUAUCAUCUUCAACGAAAUCUAGUCGAAGUGGCAAAACCAAAUGGUACAAAUUGUUACUUCCGUCCAUAAGUGCUGGAUCGAAAACCGAUUUGCCAGUCGGUUCGUCGAUGUCAUUUGAUUCAAUUGAAAAACCAAAACGUAAGAAGAAUUGGCUUAAAAAGAGAUUGAUGACAUCUGAUGCUACCUAGUUAAAGGAGAAGGAAGGUGCUUCAUAAUAAUAAUGGGACUAAGGAGACAUUCCAUUUUAUUUUUUUACGAUUCUUAACAAUACAAUUUGCUUCUUAAGCAACUCCCCAAACAGGAAGCUUUAAAAAUAUUUAAUAAUAUGUUAUUUAUGCUUGAAAUGGCCUUUUUUUUUAAAUAAUAAUUCUUGUUGACAACUGUAUUUAUAUAGUUAUUGUAUUUUUGAUAGAAAAAAAAAAAACUUAUUAAACAUUAUAUAUUUUUUUAAAUGAAUAAAUAAAUAAAGCUUAGUAGAGAGAAAUGUUGA